AUGGUCACCCUUCCCUUCGAGAUCCUUCUGGAGAUCGCCAAGUGUUAUCCACCCAUCACCAAAGUCCAAGAUCCCGACGACGUCUUGGAAGAAUACAACAUCGUGAAAAACACACUCGCAAGUCUGUGUCUUGUCUCAAAAGCAUGGCGCGAUAUCGCUCAACCCUUGCUGUAUCGAACUUACAUCAAGACCGAGAAGACCGACAUAGGAAUCGAUCACGAUGAAUACAAUGAAGCAAAGAUCGACGCCAUGGUGGCCCAAGGAAUGGACAUCACGAAAAUACCCGAAGAAGAAUUCGAGUAUACAGAUUAUCGAAAACCUAUUCCGCUCGAGAUGUUCAUUCGCACGAUAUUGGAACGACCAGACCUUGCCGAGCAAGUCGAAUGUCUAUCCAUCAGCAAUUACUGGGACGAGAGUGAACGUCGGCCAUAUGGGCGCACCGAUGUCAACAAGGCUCUGGGCGAGGCAAUGUAUAAUGCCAGUCUCAAAGUUCCACCGCAAAAGACCCCGUGGGAAUGGCGCUAUCCUUCAGAAUGGCAGGAAGACUGGCGCAACGAACUUCGCGAAGGUGAUGAGGUUGCAGAGGUUGCCUUGCUGAUGGUCCUAUCACCCAACAUCCGAUUCCUGAAUCUUGGGACAUCGUCUAAAACGUUUGGCGCAUAUGUCCAGGAUCUUUGGCGCCAACUUCUCGGCUCACAAUCGAAGGAAACCAGAGAGCUUUACGGGUUUGUCAUGGAGAGCCAUGUGGACUUUCUAUCGCAAGCCGAAAGGCCCGCAAUCUUGUCACGCUUAGAGUAUUCCAGUGCGAGAGCCGAUAAAUCGACAUAG